AUGACCAAGGACAACCAAAUUUUUUUCCAUCUUCACCAGCUUGAUAAUACAGAGAAGUUGAAGGACGUAAUGUGGGUUGAUGCUCGAAGCAGAGCUGCCUAUCAGUAUUUUAGGGAUGUUGUAUGUUUUGACUCUACGUAUUUAACAAAUAAGUACGAGUUGCCAUUUUCCAAUUUUGUCGGGCUUAAUCACCAUGGUCAAACUAUAUUGCUUGGUUGUGCAUUAGUUUCCCAUGAAGAUGCGGAAACAUUUGUGUGGCUCUUCAGGUCAUGGCUGUCGUGUAUGGGGGGAAAACCUCCAGCUGCAAUGAUGACUGACCAAGAUGCAGCUAUGAGGAAGGCAAUUCGAAUAGCAAUGCCAAUGCCUAAAACCAGACAUCGUUGGUGUAUGUGGCAUAUUAUGCAGAAGUUUAGCCGGAAAUUGGGAUCGUUGACUGAUUUUCCCCAAAUGAAAGUUGCCUUAGAGAAUGUCAUAUACAAUAGUUUGACCCCCGAGAAGUUCGAGGAGGACUGGGCUGAAGUUGUCAAAACUUUUAAGCUUGAGGAGUCAAAGAAAAGCUAUAAGUGGCUUCAAGGGAUGCAGACGACCCAGAGGGUAGAAAGUAUAAAUAGUUUUUUCGACGGGUACUUAAAGAAGAAUACGAGGUUAUAUCAGUUUGCUCCUAGAUAUUGCAAGGCUAUGGAAAGUAGGGCGAACGAUGAAAAAGCUGCUGAUAGAAAGUUCCAGAAACUAUACACGGAUGCAAAGUUUCUUGAAGUCCAGAUACAGUGUAUGCGGGAAUGUUAUGUAACAUCUAUUAGUUCUAAAAUAUUAUCUGAUCAGGAGGUUGAGCAUAUUGUGUCGGACAAAGUAUGGAUAUGGCACAUCAUUAAAGUUUUGGACGUGGAGAACGUUGAAACUGUACCAGCCGGUUACAUUGUUGAUCGUUGGAGGAAAGAUAUCCAACGCAAGAACACUCUUGUGAAGGUUGCUUACCAUGAUCCGGAGAAAACAGAUGAAGUUAAGCGCUAUAACAAGAUUAUGAAUGCGGUGGAACCCGCUGCUCUUAGAGGUUCAAUUUCUGAGCAGAAGUUGGACUUGGUGAUUGAAGGCAUUAUGAAUAUUGUGUUACGGCUGGAUGAAAGUGAUGUGGUAACAGCAGUUGUUGGUGAUAACCAAGGAGGUGGACCAUCUUCCGUCGGGAAGAGAAAGGCGAGAAUAAAAAAACCGACAAAGAGACAAGUGAGGAAAACCAAAGAUGUAGUUGCCGAUGAAAACCCAGAACCAAGUAUUAAUCAAAACAGGGGGGCUGUGUUGGUACACCAACGAAAUAAUUAUGUUCACCCACAGAACCCCUUCACUCCUGGUUGGGGUGGCCAUAGUCGAUAUGUGAGUCAAAGAGAACGUAUUGUAGUUAUUGGAAAAUAUGUUAUUAUCAUCCUUGCGGUUGUUUUGAAAGACUUUUAUUUUGAUGAACACCAGAACUACAACAAUGGGUUGCCUGUUCAACACUACCAGUCAUCCAGCAGUAGAGCUGGUGGAGGAGUUGCCACAAAUUUGUUCCCAACACCAGGACAGACACAUAUUCAAAUGUCUAUUGGUGGGAUUCGUAUGACUCCUGAGGGGGCUGAUGUCAUUAUGUCGUCCCAAGAUCCUUGCGGGAUUGUAUUGAACCCAAACAUACCUAGUAUGCCAAUUGCACAAUGA